UUUACGCAGACACGGCAGGUGCAGCGCUGUACUCGAUGGAACAGGUGGAGGCGUCGGUUAAGGUCCUCACCAGCAACUCGGCCGGCUUGGGCCUGUUGGGCAAUCCCCACUCGGCUGGCUCACCCUCGGCUGUUCGGACCGACGGCCUUGUCGAACGCUAUCGUGAACGAGUUUUGAACGAAUGGUUCGCAACGUCAUCGGAUCAGUAUGCUUUGAUUUGGAUGCCAUCGGCCACGGCUGCUCUCUCAUCGCUCGCUUCUUGGUUCGCAUGGCAAGACGGCAGUGUCUUCGCCUACUCCUCCGACAACCACACCUCUGUUCUCGGCAUGCGCGCUCUCCUGCCUACCGAUCGCCAGGUGGCUACCGUCUCGCUCGCCUCUUCAGACAUCGCGCCUUGGCUCGCUGCCCGCGCGCAGACUGAUGAUCCGCACCCCCCUCCCUCGCUCUUGGUCUACCCGCUCAAGUCCAACUUUGACGGCGUCUACGCCGAUCCGGCCUGGCGCCAGGACGUCCCUGGCCUGGCCGUCGCGUGGGACGCCGCUGCCGCCCUCGCCACAGGCCCGGUGAACCUCUCUGCCGCCGCUGGCCGACCGCACUUUGUCGUCUUCUCCGCCUACAAGGUCAUCGGCCACCCGACUGGCCUCGGCGGCCUCCUCAUUCGCCGCGACGCCGCCUCCCUCCUCGCCAAGCGCUACUACGGCGGCGGCACCGUCGCCGCUGCUCUCGCCACAGAGCCGUGGGUCCGCAUCCGCUCCCGCCUCGAGGCCGCCCUGGAGGACGGAACACUGCCGUUCACCUCCAUUGCGCAGCUCGGUCCGGCCAUGGAUGCCCUCGCCGCCGUCGGUGGCCUCGACGGCCUCGGCCGCCACAUUCGCCGCCGCUCCGCCGCUCUGGACGCCGGCCUCCGCGCCCUCGUCCACCUCUCGGGUGCCCCGCUCGUCCGCCUCUACUCGCCGCCCGCCUCUACCAUCAUCACCCUCAACGUCCUCACCCCUCAAGGCGAAUACGUCGGCUACUCGGAAGUAGGCCGCCUCGCCGCCCUUGCUGGCAUCCAUCUCCGCACAGGCUGCUUCUGCAACCCGGGCCGCUGCCAAGACGCCCUCGGCCUGACCUCCGCCCAGGUCAAGGCCCACUACGCCGCCGGCCAUGUCUGCUGGGACGGCAACGACAUCAUCGACGGCAUCCCCACAGGCGCCGUCCGCCUCUCGCUCGGCGCCCACUCGACAGCCGCAGACGUCGACGCCCUCCUCCACUUUUUCCGCUCCUCCUUUGUCCACGCCUCGCCCGCUGCGGACCCAGCUACGUUCUCUGCCGCCACACAUCCUACUCCUGCCCCGCGCCUCGACGCCAUCCUUGUCUACCCGAUCAAGUCCGCUGGCCCCAUGUCCGUCACAGAGUGGGAGCUCGGCCCGCGCGGCCUGCUCUACGAUCGCGAAUGGCUGGUCGUCAAGACCGAGGCCGACGGCCGGAUCCAGACCCUCAAUCAGAAGAAGGAGCCGCGUCUCUGCCUCCUCCGCCCGCUCGUCGACCUUGCUGCUGGCUCGAUCCGGCUCUCCAUCCACAAUGCACCCGACGCCGGUGACCUGUUUUCGCCCUCGACCACGCCACCGACCUCGGCCCCGCGCCAUCUCACCUCCGCCUCGCGCGCCCCGCCCGAAGUCUCUGCCUGGCUCUCUGCCUGGCUCGGCUACCCUGUCGAGCUAGUUCGCGCCGUCGCCGGCCGCCUCGCCGUCGAUGGUGCGUCGCCUAUCGGCUUUGCCAACGAGUCGCCGUUCCUCGCCGUCAAUGCCGCGUCGGUCGCCGCCGUCAACGCCGCCGUCGGCCGCGAGCCGGUCGCGCCCUCGCGCUUCCGACCCAACUUUGUCUUUGACACUCCCGGCGCCCCGUGGGCCGAAGACGCCUGGCCGUCCGGCGCUGUCCUCGCCAUCGGCCCACACGCCACCUUUACCGUCGUUGGCGGCUGUACCCGCUGCCGCAUGGUUUGCAUCGACCAGGACUCGGCCGCUUCGUCGGCCGAGCCGCUCCUUACUCUCCACCGCAUCCGCCGCAUCGAUGGUCGCAUCCAGUUUGGCGUUCACCUCGCCAGCCGCAACGUCGGCGUCGUCAUCACCGUCGGAGACGAGCUGCGCCUCGAGCCGGAAUCAGGGGCUGCCUCGUAA